AUGGAGCCUACUGCAAAAUUCAACACCUAUCCAGCCACUAUUCGUGCUUGGUUUGUGACAUAUGAAGAAGCAAGAAGGAAGUUACAACGGGCUGUUGAAAAAACUGAUUUAGAAUCUGAUGCAAACGAAGAUAAGGCAAAUCGAGGUUUACGCAAGAGAAAACAUUUUACAGAUUUGUCAUCGUCGGAAGAUGAAACCGAUAAAAAUCCGACAAAAGUAGGAAAAUCUGAUUCUGCUUCACAUAAGGGCAACAGUUUGGUUUUGCCAACAUUUACUUUCUCGCUUUUGCCUGAAGAAACUGUUUCAUCAGUAUCACAAAGCAUCAGUGACCAGACCAAAGAGAACGCAACAACAGAUAAAUCUCAACGAUCUGUUCUCGGGAUUGCUGAUAUUAAUGAAAAAGUGGAAAACAAUAAUGUGUUAAGUUCAUUGGAAAGUGUUAGAAGCCCCUCAAAUUCUAAUUCAAAUGACUUUCUAAUUACUGCAAAAGGUGGGAACAACAUUUGCACUAAUUUUGAGAAAACAGACCCUCGAGCAACAAGUUCCCCACGGGAACACGCAUCACCUCUGAUUCUUUUAGUGAGGAUGACUCUAAGGACUUAG